CGCGCCUGGGCGGGAGCUGCUGGAAGCGGAGGCCGCGAGUGGGGGCCUAGCGGAGUGGAGGGGUAACAAGAUGGCGGCAGAGACGGUGGAGCUGCAUAAACUGAAGCUUGCUGAACUAAAGCAGGAAUGUCUUGCUCGUGGUUUGGAGACCAAGGGAAUAAAACAAGAUCUCAUCAACAGGCUCCAGGCCUAUCUUGAAGAGCAUGCUGAAGAGGAGGCAAAUGAAGAAGACGUACUAGGAGAUGAAACAGAGGAAGAAGAACCAAAGCCCAUAGAACUGCCUGUUAAAGAGGAAGAACCCCCUGAAAAAACUGUUGAUGUGGCAGCAGAAAAGAAAGUGGUAAAAAUUACAUCUGAAAUACCACAGACUGAGAGAAUGCAGAAGAGAGCUGAAAGAUUCAAUGUACCUGUGAGUUUGGAGAGUAAGAAAGCUGCCCGGGCAGCUAGAUUUGGAAUUUCUUCAGUUCCCUCAAAAGGCCUGUCAUCUGACACCAAGCCUAUGGUUAACCUGGACAAGCUAAAGGAAAGAGCUCAAAGAUUUGGUUUGAAUGUCUCUUCAAUCUCCAGAAAGUCUGAAGAUGACGAGAAGCUGAAAAAGAGGAAGGAGCGAUUUGGAAUUGUCACAAGUUCAGCUGGAACAGGAACCACAGAGGAUACCGAGGCAAAGAAGAGGAAAAGAGCAGAGCGCUUUGGGAUUGCCUGAUGAGAAACUCUUAAUGCUUUCUGUUCUUCAGUGGUUUCCAUCUCUGACUCUUCUUGGUCACAUAUGUACCUAAAUACCCAGUCAUGUGCCUAGGUGCUGCCUCACAAUGAGAGAGCAUGUACCCCAGGUACAUCCGAGAACUAAGUAGCAGUUUGACUUACUGCUGUUCCAACUUUAAGAUUGUUGUUGUUGUGUUUUGUUUUUUUAAUUAUUAUUUUGCUUGUUAAUAAAAAUCAUUAGAAAAGAGAACAAUGUGUUUUAUUAGGUACUGCUUUGAGUUCUUAGAGCCAGAUUCAAUCAGAUAUGGGGAUCUUCAGGGACAGAUAUAGGGAAUUAGCCAUAAUGCUUUUACCCAUUAGAAAAAAGGUUAAGGAAAAGAAUUGAGUCCAUCAAUAUAUUCAGAGAGGAAGGGAGAGGAGAGAGAGAUAGGAACAUCAGUGAUGAGAGAGAAUCAUUGAUUGGCUGCCCCCCUGCACGUCCCUACUGGGGACCAAGCCUGCAUCUGGGGCAUAUGUCCUGACUGGGAAUUGAACCAUGAUCUCCUGUUUCAUAGGUCAACACUUAACCACUGAGCCAUACCGCUGGGUUGAGUCCAUCCCUUUAUGCCUAUUUAUAUUCUCUCAUGUUCACAGGCAUCCUUUUACCUCUUUAUCCUUCAUGAAGAGGCCAAGUUUUACCCUGAGUCUUUGCUUCUCCAGGUUCAUGUGACCCAUUGGGGUGAAAUAGGGAGAGUACCAUGGGUUUUAGGAGGUGCAGAGGAUGUAAAAUACAAGGGCUAAUGAUUGGUAGUCUCAUAGAAUGGAGUCCAGAAGGGUCUUAUUUUCAAAAGUGAUCUGGUGUGAUACUGUCUGGUUUCAACCAAAGCCAAUAUAUGGGACCCUGUUGGUAGGCAGUUCAGGAAAGGAAAUGGGCUGGGUACCCCUCAGAGCUAGAAGAAAGUGUAGGGAAUCAAAGCAUGACAGGAUGUCAGAGGUGUUAAGCAUUAUUGCCUAGAUCAUUGGGCACAUAAGCAGUGGACAGGAGGCUUCUACUUUCUAAUCAAACCCUGUGCUAGUUUGUCUUCUGUUGCAGACGUAUACUAUUGCAGCUUUGGCAGUAACAUUUCUUAAAUAUUAUUAAAAUCCAUUGUACUUGCUGGGCCUCCUACUUAGAAAGGUUUGGCUCUCCCUAAGCAGGCUGCUUGUUUGCAUUUGGUUUCACAUAGAUUGAGAUCUAUUUAAUCUUUUCUGAUGUGUUGGUAUAAGGUUUCUCCUCUUAAUCUUUAUUUCUGGACCUACAUAAGGUUGGUUUUUGUUUGUUUGGUAAUAAAACUUAAGAGCUUGACACCUUA